GAGACUGUAAAACUGAAGGAAGAAGAAAGGAUAAGACAUUAAACGCAAAGAGAUCACUGAAACAAACCAAAAAAAUGGCAGCUUUGUGUUCUCAUUUGACCAUCUCAUCUCUACAUUCACUUUCUCGAUACGAAAAUUGCUUCCUUUCAUCCCAAUUUUCAAAACCCUUGUUCCUAAACCAAUCUCAGAACAAACCCAGAUUCUCAAUUUCAUUUUGUCUCAAGCAAAGUAAUCAUGACGAGAGGCAAAUUCAACAAGACUCUGCCAAAGAAGAAGAAGAAGAAGAAGAAGAGUAUUGGGUUGUUACAGCAGUAAGAAGCAGAUACAAUGAGAUUGUUAUAGUGGAUACUGCUUCUUCCAGAUAUCUUCUCCUUGAUUCAACUAAGAAUGUGCAUAGUGUUAUCAAUAAAGGAGGCCAAAAUUGGACUGGAUCUUAUUGGGAUGAGUUUGCGAGUUUGCCGCCUAUUAUCCCUAAUGGUCCCGUUGCAAUCUACGGCUUGGGUGGUGGAACAGCUGCAAGAUUGAUGCUUGAGUUGUGGCCUACAAUGCAGCUGGAAGGUUGGGAAAUUGAUGAAAUUUUGAUUGAGAAAGCAAGAGACUAUCUCGGGUUGUCUGAGCUAGAGAAACCGACAUCGAAAGGCGGUAGACUUUGUGUUCAUGUAGAUGAUGCUCUCUCUCCUUCUCAAGAUGUUUCAGGAAGAUAUGCUGGGAUCAUUGUUGAUUUGUUUGCUGAUGGGAAGGUCUUAGAUCAGCUGCAAGAGGUCCCGAUUUGGUUAGAGCUGGCUAGUAGGCUAAUGCCUAACGGUCGCAUUAUGGUGAACUGUGCGGGAAUCGAAACAGAACUUCAGAAUGGAAAGCCUCAGUUGUUGUUAGAUGACUCAGCCGGGAUGUUGAAUUCCACCGUCAAGAUCUUGUCAGAAGCAUUUCCUGGACAAGUUUGCUGGAAGAGAACACCAGAUUCGGAAGGUCUCAACUUUCUUGCCUUAACCGGAGGCUUACCUGAUCUUAGUGACUGGUCUAGUAAGGUUCCAGUUCGUUUUUGUGAAGUAGUGAAGCAAUGGAAGCUUUGUGAGUGAGUACACAAAGUAGCUGAAGUUUUUUUUUUUUGGUCAUUUUUCAUUAAUCGUAAUAAAUAAUUAAUCAAUUUAAAUGAAAUUAACAAUGUGAUUUUUCCUUUUUUAUUUAGUGUUUUUUUUCUCCUAGAUUUUUUGGUUUCACAUAUUAUUCAUGUUUAUGGAUAUUAGCAUCAUUUAAUGAUUUUAUUAUAAUAAAAC